UUGUUGGCCAAAAAACACCGAAUCGCGUUGGAUCGCGUCUGGAUCGCGUUCCCUCGCUGCUCUCCUCUUCUUCCCCUCGGGGAUUAAAAUUGACGUUUGGAUUUGGACGCCAUUACGAGAAGAGUCGGCCGGUCCGCCCUUUUCGGAGCUGGAGGUUGGUAUUUGUGGCCGUUAAAUGUACUCAUCGGGCGCCGAAAAGGCAGUGAGUCUGUCUUGUAAACCUGGCUAGUGGCUUUGCGGCGCAGAUGGCGUCGAACGUGGCCGAUAUGUGCCGUCUUUGCGGCACCGACACCCUUAGCAUAGUGCGGCAUCAGAUUUUUGAAGCCGAAGGCUUGGCCAGGAGCCUUGCCAAAAAGAUUGCCGAAUGCCUUCCUGUCCACGUGAUAGAGCAGGACCGGCUGCCCAAAAUCAUGUGCGGCGAGUGCGCAUACAAACUGGACCUGCUGAGCGAGUUCAGAGACAAAGCUGUCAAGACUGAGCACCUCCUCGAAUCCCUGGUGGAUGGGGUCAAGCCUGAGAUAUUGGAUAAUGAGCCUGAUGACUUCAAUGCCGACGAUGGCUUUCGAUCGGAUAGUCCAGAGCAACCAGAGCCUGAAGUUUUGAUAAAAGAGGAGGAGGAAGAGCAAUCGCGUCCAAGGAGACGGCGACCUGUACGAAAGGCAGCGAGAAAGGCCAGUAGGCGCGGCCGCAAGAGGAAACAGACUGACAGCGACUCUGAGGAUGACUUCAGGGAGGAGGAGGAGGAGGAAGAAGUUGAGGAAGCUCCUAAGAAGGCAGCCAAGAAGGACGAGACGCCCACCCCAGCAACCAAGGUGCCCAGGAAGCGCGGACGCAAACCAAAGGACAACAAAGAAAGUCCAGGAGUUUUCGUGCUGAAGGAGGAAGACCCGCCGGCGGAGGCGGCCGGGCCGGUGGUGGCGCUGGACGCGUUGACGUGCGACGCGUGCUUCAAGCCGUUCCACACGCUGCCCGACCUGAAGCGGCACCUGCGUUCGCACGCCAAGCGCAUCACGAACCGGCCGACGCCGUGUCCCUUCUGCCGGCAGCGCUUCGCCCUGCGCAGCGCGGACCGCCGCGCGCACAUCGACCGCUGGCACCCGCCCAAGUACCGCUGCGAGCACUGCACGUACGUGUCGCGCGCCCUGUCCGACCUCGAGGACCACUUCCAGGCGCGCCACGUCGUCCACGUCCGAAUCCGCCGCGAGUUCUUCUGCGACCUGUGCCCCGACCGCAAACCCUAUCUCAAGCGACGCAGCAUGCGCGAGCACUUCCAACGCCGACACUUGAAACUGAACGUUUGCCAGCACUGCGGGCGCGCCCACGGCAGUCCAGCGGCGCUGCUGGUCCACGAGCGGCUGCACACCGGCGAGCGGCCCUACGUCUGCGAAAUGUGCGGCCGGGCAUACCACAACGCGUCCAGCCUCAACAUGCACAAGCACUCGCACCACCGAGGUGGCGCCACCAAACGCGCCCCGCAGGACCGUCUGCUGUGCCAGUUUUGUCACGAAAGGUUCUUGACCCUGGAGGCCAUCCGGGAGCACCUCGAGUCGGUGCACGGGGUCAUGCGUGACUCGACCCGAGAGAGGGGUUUCGAAUGCGAAGUUUGUCACAAGCGGUUCACCGCCCUGCAGACGAUGCGCGACCACAUGUUGCUGCACCGCGGCGAGCGGCCGCACGAGUGCCACAUUUGCCGCAAACGCUUCACGACGCGGAGCGUCCGCAACAAGCACGUCCUGGUCGUCCAUCAGGGCAUCGACGAACGGCGCUUCGCGUGUUCCGCCUGCGGGAAGCGAUUCGUCAACCGACACAAGUUGACGGUGCACGAGCGGCUGCACACGGGCGAACGACCCUUCACCUGCGAGAUCUGCGGCAAAACCUACACCAACGCCAGCAGGGUCAAGGAACACAAGAUGGCCGUGCACAAAAUCAUGCCCUACAAGUGCGACAAGUGCACCCGCGAGUUCAAGGUCGGCUCCGAGUUGCGGCUGCACCAACUGGUGCACGCGCAGCCGCCGAACCAGCCGCCGCCGCCGGUGCACGUGGACGCAGUCAAAGCGGAAGAUGCCGCUGGUACGUCAACGGUGCCACCACCACCUCCGGCCAGGAUUCAGCGCCGCUCGGCCAAAUUCGCCAUGCGCUCGAUCGCCAAAGUGGCCAAAAUGGAGGAAAAGGUGGAGAAGGAAAUCCAACAGUUUGCCUCUCCGCAGGAAGUGGCCAGACUGAUCAGGGUCGCGAACCUCGACGUGGUCGCGCCUGAAUACCAGCACGAGUGCUGCCGCUUCUGCAAACUGUACGUCGGAGAUACCGAGGCCAAGGAGGCGCACGUCCGCGAGCAGCACCCCGAAAAGGUCACGUGCACCGUCUGCAACGAGGUGCAGCGCAACCAGUUAACCCUGAAAAGUCACCUGCAGGCGCACAAGGACGAGCAGGAGAUGAAACGCGUGAAACAGAUCAAGGUGCGAAACAAGGAUGGCAAACUGGUGCGGCGGCACCAUUGCAAGCUGUGCGACCAGGUGGUGGCCAACCUGAAGAGGCACGUCGUCGUGGCGCACACCAAGGAGUACCCCUUUGGCUGCGAUGACUGUGAGCGCCGCUUCCCGACGUCCAGCGAGCUUCGGAGCCACGUCCGGAUAAAACACACACACCAGUUUCCCUCGUUGUGCGUCGAGUGCGGCAAAGGAUUCAACUGUCGGACGGCCUUGGAGGACCACGAGCGCAAGCACCGCGGCGAGAGGCCGUUUGUUUGCGACAUUUGCGGGAAGAGCUACUUUUCCAAGCACAACCUCCAGGUGCACAUCAAGGCGCACCAGCAGAACCCGAUGGAGUUCCAGUGCGACGUGUGUGGCAAGCACUACCCUAGCCAACAGCAGGUGCGCCAUCACCGGAUGAUGCACUUCGAGGAGAACAGGAGGUUCCAGUGCAAGGUGUGCGAGAGCCGCUUUUUCAAAAAGUCCACCCUGGACUACCACGUGAUGAGGGUGCACACCCUGGAGCGGCCGUUCGAGUGCGACGAGUGCGGAAAGGCGUUCAUCAUGCGCAGCAUGCUGGUCGAGCACACCAGGAGACACCUGGGCGUCAAGUUCCCGUGUCAGCACUGCAGUUGCACCUACUUCAAAAAGUACAACCUGCGCAGACACAUGAUGACUGCGCACAAGGGCCACAUGGUCACCUGGAUGUGCGACCUGUGCGGGAAGGAAUACUUUUCCGAGAGGUCCUUGAUUGACCACAAGAUGAAGGAGCAUCCUGACCAGUUCCAACCGAUCUUGGACGCACAUGUUGAGGACGCAGUGGCCCUGGAGGUUAUUGCUGCAGAGCUGGAAAAUGCAGACACGCAAGAAACUGUAAAAGUUUAUUUGCAACUUUAAUAGUUUCCCCAAUCGGACUUGACUCAUUUUGUACUUUUCAAUGUCUUUCAUAAAAACAAAAAGCAUUCUAAUUUUUGAAUUUAUACAUCAAUUCCUAAAAUUAAACACUUAGUCCUCUCACCAAGUACAUUUUAGAAAUUAUCAAAAGUAAUUAAGAGGUUCUUGAUUUAAGAUACACAACUAUAAUCCAAAACGCAGUGAUUUUUUGAUGCGCCAGAUGGAAACAUUUGAAUUAAAGCUGCCAUCGUUGGGCAUUGGCGGAAGUUAAAAAGGAAAACAAAAUUUAUCAAUUACAGAAUUAUCAAUUUUGUUUUAUUAUUCAUACUGGUCAGCACAGCAUAGUAGAAAUAGAAAUUCAACGGUACAACAUAGUUUCUGCUUAACAAAUUUCAAUGCCUCGGAGAUUUGCGAAAAUAAAAUGUUAUAUAUUUUUGUUGAUACACUCAUUUUGGGAGAAGCCACGUUGUCUUGCAAUUAAUUAAGUAUUCUUGCUAUAUAUUUAUAAAUUGUGAGCAGCAAAACAAAAUAAAUUAGACAUGAAUGAACAAGAAAAAAAA